GUUUACUUCUCUUGCAGUGGUGUGAUGAAAGAUUCGACUUCCAAGCUACGUUUUUACAGUGCUUGGCAAAACACGUGCCAAAUAUUUACUCAGCUGAGAUGGACCCCUUGCUGGAGAAACAAGAAGAAAUGGUCCAGGCAGCAAUAUUUUACCCCCUGGAAUGUUAUUUAUUUGGGGAAGACCCAGAUACAUUUCUAGAGAAGCUACAGCAGAGCGGAAUCUCCCAGCUCUGUGGGAAGGUGUUCAAAGGAGGGGAGACAACAUAUUCUUGCAGAGACUGUGCAGUUGAUCCAACCUGUGUACUCUGUAUGGACUGCUUCCAGAAUAGUAUUCAUAGGAAUCACCGGUACAAGAUGCAUAGCUCCACUGGAGGUGGAUUUUGUGACUGUGGGGAUACAGAGGCAUGGAAGGCUGGACCAGUGUGUACUAAACAUGAGCCUGGAGCAUCAGGUUCUCCAAAAGAAAAUUCUGAAUGUCAGUUAAAUGAAGAAGUUAUGGAGCACUCUAGGAGAGUGUUUCCCUCCGUGGUAAAAUACAUUGUAGAUAUGCUUAUAUGGGAAGAAGAGAAGGAGUUGCCUCCGGAGCUCACAAUUAGUAGGGAGAAGGUAGACAGCUACUACUGUGUCCUUUUCAAUGAUGAACAUCAUUCUUAUGAUCACGUCAUCUAUAGCCUGCAAAGGGCGCUUGGCUGUGAACUUGGUGAAGCCCAGUUGCACACUACUGCUAUUGAUAAAGAGGGUCGGAGAGCUGUUAAGGCAGGACAUUAUGCCUCUUGUCAGGAGGCAAAGGAAGAAAUCAAGAGGCAUUCUGAAAAUGUUUCACAACGACCCCUUCACGUGGAAGUUCUGCAUGCUGACGUCAUGGCUCACCAGAAGUUUGCCUUGCGCCUUGGUUCUUGGCUGAACAAACUCAUGAGCUAUUCAAGUGACUUUCGCAAGAUCUUUUGUCAAAUAUGUCUUAAAGAAGACGCUGGAUCUGAAAAGCCAUGCUUCAUAAGCCAGUUAAUGCUUUGGGAUGCAAAACUUCAUAAAGGAGCAAGGAAGGUUCUUCAUGAACUUAUCUUCAGUAGUUUUUUCAUGGAAAUGGAUUACAAAAAACAUUUUGCUGUGGAAUUUGUGAAGUAUUACAAGACUUUGCAAAAAGAAUACAUCAGUGAUGAUCAUGACAGAGUUCUCUCUGUGACAGCACUCUCAGUUCAGAUAUUCACUGUACCUACUCUGGCUCGCCAUCUUAUUGAAGAGCAAAAUGUAAUCACUAUCAUUACAGAGACACUCCUGGAAGUCCUUCCAGAGUAUCUAGACAAAAACGACAAGUUCAACUUCCAAGGUUACAGCCAGGAUAAACUCAAUAGGGUAUAUGCAGUAAUAUAUGAUCUCAGGUAUGUUUUAAUCAGCAAGCCUACAGUAUGGACAAACCGUCUGAGGGAGCGCUUUUUAGAAGGAUUUGUUUCUUUCCUAAGGAUUUUAACUUGUAUGCAGGGAAUGGAAGAGAUAAAAAGACAGAUUGGUCAGCACAUUGAGGUGGACCCUGACUGGGAAGCAGCCAUUGCUAUACAGAUGCAGCUAAAGAACAUACUCUUGAUGUUCCAAGAGUGGUGUGCCUGUGACGAGGAGCUGUUGCUGAGGGCCUACAAAGAAUGUCAUAAAGCUGUAAUGAGGUGCAGCACAAACGGCCGUUCACGGGAAAAGACAGUGUUUCACUUAUGUGGCCAUACUUUGGAGAGUAGACCUUACAGAGUGUCUUCAGAUCCUGUCAGCAUACAUUUGCCACUUUCUAGGACUCUGGCAGGUCUUCAUGUACAAUUAAGCAAGACUGGAACCAUCUCAAGAUUGCAUGAGUUUGUUUCUCCUGAAGAAUUUCAAGUGGAACUGCUAGUAGAAUAUCCUUUGCGGUGUCUUGUUUUGGUUGCUCAGGUUGCUGCAGAGAUGUGGAGAAGGAAUGGUCUCUCCUUGAUAAGUCAGGUAUUCUAUUAUCAAGAUGUUAAGUGCAGAGAAGAGAUGUAUGAUAAAGACAUCAUCAUGCUCCAGAUUGGUGCAUCUCUUAUGGAUCCGAACCAUUUCCUAUUGCUCUUACUCCAGAGAUAUGAGCUUGCAGAUGCUUUCAAAAAGAUCAAGCUCACCAAAGAUCAGGAUCUGAUCAAACAAUGUAACGUACUAAUAGAAGAAAUGUUACAGAUUAUAAUCUAUGUUGUGGGAGAAAGAUAUGUGCCUGGUGUGAGUAAUGUGACAAAGGAGGAUGUUAUCAUGAGAGAAAUCAUCCAUCUACUGUGUAUUGAGCCAAUGGCUCACAGUGCAAUUACUAAAUCCUUGCCUGAAAAUGAGAACAACGAAACUGGCUUGGAGAAUGUAAUUGAUAAAGUAGCAACAUUUAAGAAACCAGGUGUGUCUGGACAUGGAGUUUAUGAACUGAGAGAUGAAUGCUUGAAAGAAUUCAAUAUGUUCUUUUAUCAUUAUACUAAGACCCAGCAUAGCAAGGCUGAACAUACACAGAAGAAAAGAAGAAAACAAGAAAACAGAGAUGAAGCAUUGCCACCACCGCCUCCUCCAGACUUCUGUCCUGCAUUCAGUAAUGUGGUGAGGAUUCUGAACUGUGAUGUAAUGAUGCACAUACUGCGAACCAUCCUUCAGAGAGCAGUAGAACUGGAAACACACUUGUGGACUGAAGCUAUGAUUCAAAUGGUACUUCAUCUCCUUUCUUUAGGGUUAUUAGAAGAGAAGCAGCAGUUACAGAAGUCUCCAGAAGAAGAAGUAACAUUUGAUUUUUAUCACAAAGCAACAAGAAUGGGAAGCUCAGCCCUGAAUGCUGUAAAUGUAUUAAUGCUUCUGGAAAAAUUAAAAAGAGUUCCUCAGUUGGAGGCACAGAAGGACACAGUCAUUUGGAUACUGCAGAUGUUUGACACAGUGAAAAGAAUGAGAGAAAAAUCUAGUUUGACAGCAGUAGUGGCUCCGUCGGGCUCAGAAACUGCAAAAGGUGAUGAGACACAGAGCACUCAAGAUAAAGAGAAAGCUGAGCGAAAGAGGAAGGCAGAAGCAGCUAGGUUGCAUCGUCAGAAGAUAAUGGCUCAGAUGUCUGCUUUGCAGAGGAAUUUCAUUGAAACCCACAAACUCCUUUAUGAAAACACGUUGGAGGCACAGGGGAAAGAAGAUGCUAUUAUGGAAGAAGAAAGCAUAUCUUCAGCAAUCGAUUACUCCAGAAUUGCUUUGGGUCCCAAACGAGGUCCAUCCAUUGCUGAGAAAGAAGUUCUGACCUGUAUUCUUUGUCAGGAGGAGCAAGAAGUAAAGCUGGAAAGUGCUGCUAUGGUAUUAUCUGCUUGUGUCCAGAAAUCAACUGCCUUAACUCAGAAUAGGAGCAGAAUUCUUGAACUCUCAGGGGAUACAGUAGAUCCUCUGUUCAUGCAUCCUGACUUGCCAUGUGGAACCCACACAGGAAGCUGUGGCCAUGUGAUGCAUGCAGCCUGUUGGCAGAAGUACUUUGAAGCCAUGCAGCUGAACUUCCGACAACGCCUGCACGUUGAACAGAUAUUUGACUUAGAGAAUGGAGAAUAUCUUUGUCCACUUUGCAAAUCUUUGUGCAAUACUGUGAUUCCCAUUGUUCCAUUGCAGGCUCAAAAAAUAAACAGUGAGGAUGCAGAGGCAGUAGCUCAAAUUCUCUCCCUGGCCAGGUGGCUGGAAACCAUCAUAGUCAGAAUAUCAGGCUACAAUGUGAAAAAUGCGAAAGGAGAUCAACAAAAUGUUCCAGCUUUUGUCAACAAGGGAUUGGGGAACUCUGCUUUGGAAUUCCAUUCUAUCCUUAGUUUUGGAGUUCAGUCCUCGGCCAAAUACUCAAGCAGUAUCAAGGAGAUGCUUAUUCUGUUUGCAACCACCAUUUAUAGAGUUGGACUAAAAGUUGCUCCAAAUGAAGCUGAUUAUCGAAUUCCUAUGAUGACCUGGAGCACAUGUGCUUUUACCAUCCAGAGUAUAGAAAACCUCUUGGAAACAGAGGGGAAGCCUUUAUUUGGAUCUCUACAAAAUAGACAGCACAGUGGCCUUAAAGCAUUAGUGCAGUUUGCAGCUGCUCAGAGAACAACAUCACCACAGGUCCUGAUUCAGAAACAUCUGGUUCGUCUUCUAGGAGUUCUUCUACCAAACUUUAAAACAGAAGACACUCCAUCCCUCUUAGAAGUAGAUAUGUUCCACAUUUUGGUGGGAGUUGUGUUAUCAUUUCCAUCUUUAUACUGGGAGGAUGCUGUAGACUUGCAACCUUCAUCAAUUAGUUCAGCCUAUAACCAUCUCUACCUCUUCCAUCUGACAACACUAGCACACAUGACACAAAUUGUUAUCUCUUCAACAACAGAAUCCUCUACUGCUCGGUCAUAUGACAACAGUGAGGAGGCAUGCUCUGCGCAGGCUUUCUGUAGAGAAGUUUGUCAGUACACCAGUGGUUGCUUUAGUCAGGAUGUUCCAGGCUGUCUUGUGUGGGAUUGUGUUAAGAAAGGCAUCAUGCCUUAUCUUCGUUGUGCUGCUUUUUUUCAUUAUUUGCUGGGAGUUUCUCCGCCUGAGGAGCUACUACAAGUUUCUGAAGAAGGGCAGUUCAAGGCACUUUGUAGUUACCUCUCUCUACCCACCAAUUUAUUCCUGCUUUUCCAGGAGUACUGGGACACUGUAAAUCCACUCCUUCAAAGGUGGUGUGCUGAUCCAGUGGUGCUAAGCUGCUUGAAGGGCAAGAGCACUGCAGUAAGGUAUCCUCGGAAAAGAAAUAGUUUAAUAGAGCUUCCUGAAGAUUAUAGCUGCCUUCUGAACCAAGCAUCACAGUUUAGAUGCCCACGGUCUUCUGAUGAUGAACAGAAACAUCCAGUAUUAUGUUUAUUUUGUGGGGCUAUGUUGUGUUCCCAGAAUACUUGCUGUCAGGAACUUGUGAAUGGAGAGGAGUUGGGAGCCUGUACUUCUCAUGCUCUCCAGUGUGGAGCUGGAGUCUGUAUGUUUCUCAAAAUCAGGGAAUGCAAAGUUGUCCUCAUAGAAGGUAAAACAAGGGGCUGCUUAUAUCCUGCUCCAUACUUGGAUGAAUAUGGAGAAACAGAUCCAGGUCUGAAAAGAGGCAAUCCUCUGCACUUAUGUCGGGAGCGUUACCGGAAGCUGCAUCUGCUAUGGCAGCAACACUGCAUCAUAGAGGAGAUUGCCAGGAGUCAAGAAACCAAUCAGAUCUUCUUUGGAUUCAAUUGGCAACUGCUCUGAAUCUCUUUAUUUUAGUGAAAUCUUUUACAUUUGGCAGUGCUUUGGAAAUGGAAAGAGGAGUGGCAGUAAAUGCUCUAAAGUGGGUUCUGUAGUUCAGAUGCAAUUAACGGAUUCUCUAGGUUGGAUGUAGUGCUGAUACAUUCAAACAGAAUUUUGUGUCAACUGUCUUUGUUUUAUUUCUCAAAAGGAAAACUACCUUGUAUAAUUAUUACUGAACCUUCAGGUUCAGAAAUAUUUCCACUUUUUUUUUUUUGCUAUCGUCUCACAUGUUUGACGAGGACAGCUUUCCAAAUCCUGUGCUUCAGGGCACAUAUGCUUGUCUCUUCCUUGCCUUGAGAAUAUACUUAACUGGUGUUGCUAAUUAAAAAAUAACUUUAUUUUCUUUCUUUUCCCAGGUUUAGUGUGACUUUUAAAUAAGUUAAGAUCUGUGGGUUGGUAAUGGUACCAAGCCUGUAGUAAUCUGUAGUUACAGGAACAGCAAACAUUAAGUUGUAUGAAAAAAGCCUGCAUUCUGCUAUAUCCUGGAAUUUAAUGAAGAGUUUUUAUCAAUAAACUCUUUAAAGGAGAAAUAUGCAUAGAAAGUGGAAUUACCAUCUUGUUUGUUCCAUUAAAAAAAUAGUCUGUGCUUUUUGCACUGCCAGAACCGCACUUUAUCUAAUGAAUUUGUCCUCUGUUAAUGCUGUAUAUCCUGAGAAGUCUAGGGCUACAGCGUUUGGUUAGGUUUUGGUUAGAUUUACUUCUUUCAGUUUUUUACAUGAAUUUUUUCUUGAAAGCCAAACAGGAAAAUAACUACUAUAGUAUAUCUCUGCAAGUUACAUAGGAGCCUGAGACUUCAAUAAAGUAGACUACCUUCAAUGCUAUCACUGGACUGAAAUCAAGGCCCUAAAUCAGUCAGCCUUGGAAUUAGAAAUAAAUUUCUUUGCCCGUGUUUGGGAAACUUUCCACUCUUCAUCCUGUCACAAUUGUUUGGAGCCCUGCCUGCGUAAAUGAAAAUGUGUUUUGGGGGUCACAUUCAGCACUAGGAGCAGAAAAGUGAAAGAAGAUAAGUAUGUAUCUUGACCCUGCAGUAGUUAAUGGUAUCAUUGUGAUUGAGCUCUCUCUUAAUGCUGUAGGAUUGUGCUUCAGUUCUAAAUGUCUUUUGUUUUCUGAAUUACAACUAUAACAUACAUGAGAGUAUUUGUUAUGUAAUGGGUAAAAAUGCUUUCCAAGGAAAUCACAUUGGUGUCAAAGCUGGAAGUUUUCAAUAUUCUUAAUUUCCCUUCCCUUUGCUGUUUGGAUUUUUUAAUGUCAUUUUAAUAAGGCUCACAAGGGAAAGUUUUCAAAAUAAUAUCUGAGAAUGUGUUUUUCUACUGUUUCCUUUGUUUAAUUUUUUUUUUACUGGUUUUAUGACAGGUAGUAGAAUCUCAGAUAAUUAUUUAGAUAUAAAUAGAGCUGUUCUCCUAGUUUCUUAAAGCUUUUAGAGUACAUGAGUACACUGAACAGCGCCAUAAUUCAUCUAAAAAUGGAGUACAGGUAGACCUGAAUAUUAUGAUUUGCAAUUCUUUUUUUCCUCUUCAAGAACUGUUGCAAUAAUCCUUCCCUGGUGAUAUAAACAGCUGGCUUUGGAAUGUUUUCUAGGCAUUUUUUUCUUGCAGUUAUGACUAUUGUCCUUAUUGAUUCCUGCAGAUUUUAAACCUGAAUAUACAACCCUUCAAAAACAAGCAUAAUUCUAUUAGUCUUAUCUAAAAUGUAUUUGAAACAUGUAAAGAAUUUAGAAGAGGAGUUGUGAUGAAAGCUUGCAUUCACUGGAGAUAUCUAAGGACAUUAAAACACUUUUUACCAAGAAAAACAUGAGUUCAGACUAGGAAAUUGUGGCUUAUUGAUACCAAAACUGUAUUCUUUUUUUUUUGGUUUUUUUUUUUGCUCAGUUUUACCUUUUCAUUUAUCAGAAACUUUCAGUUACCUUGCACUGCAGUGAUAAACUCUGUUAUCGACGAUGAGGUGAAAUCACUGUUAUGUUUUCUGUCUGAGCUGUAAUAUAUUCAUAAGGACGGCAGCUGUUUGAACAGGUGAGCUCUUGUUUGAAGCUCUAGAAAUAUGUUUGUAGCUGGAAAAAUGAGAGAGAAAGAAAAGGGGCAAAGUUGCAUCUCCAUGUAUGUUUGCACAUACUAAUUAGCAAAUGGGCUCCCAUAUCAUUCACUGACUGGUGUGGUCAUCUUUCAUUUCAUAAAUUACUAUGCAGUUUUGUUCACUGUGAGUAUGAUCUGUAUUUAGUGAUCACAAGAUGCUUAUGCCACCGAUUUUUCAUUCCAUCCAGGCUGACAGAAGAAAUUUGAUAAUGCACAUAUUAGUUUCUUUAAUUGCAAAAAUGUAAAUUUGAAACUUGUAUAAUGUUCUUGUGCUUUUGAAAUAAAAUAUCUUGUAUAUGUAUAUUUAAAAAAAGGAAAUAAAGUAACUUCUCAUAGAUUA